UUUUUUUUUUUUUUUUGUUUUUUAUUUCUUUUUAUUAUUUUUAUUUUAUUUUAUUUUCUCGCCGGUGUUACCUCACGUCUCAUACAUGCAACUCGACUCCAUCGUGGGAUAGAGUCUCUUGAGUCUCUCAUUCACCAUUCUCAGUGAAUAUCACCAGCGAAUCGCGACACCCCUGGAUCUCUCCUCCUUCACAACUCCCUCUAUAAUUACCCGCAUCCUCACCCACUGCAUCCUUCCUUCUGCAGAUGCAUACAGUUGUCAGUACACAUCAACCUGGUCUUCAGUCUGACCUUCAAGGCCCACUCAACCCUUUCUAUUGUAUCUGAAUUGAACUAUCGUCACCAGCCUUUGUGACUGGGAUAAAGUAGACACUUGACGAUCUACUUUCCCUUACCAUGCCGGCUUCCCUGGGUAAAGUUCUGCAUCGGAUGCAAGAACUCUUCUCAAACAUUGUCGCCGCGCUAGAGGCAAUGCUAUUGUUUCCUUCACUCUUUCGUGAUCCCUCUCGCAAGCGAAGACCAUUUCACCGGGCAUCAUGGCGCCGUUGUACUCUUGAUGAGCUUGCCAACGAGGUCGAGCACUCAUUCAUGGCACCUUUGUCGCUGCAGAACAUGGCCAUGAUGUCGGAAAAGAUCCGGGAGCAACUGCGAAUCCGCCUUCAGUCUAGCCCAGUAAGCAUGUUGCCGUCCUACCACCAUGCGUUGCCGACGGGAACGGAGAAAGGAACCUUCCUUGCCCUAGACGUGGGGGGCUCCACGUUUCGUGUGGCUUUGAUCGAACUACGUGGAAAAGGCGAUGUGGAAAUUCUCCGGGUGAACUCGUCCCCCAUCGACAACGAAGUAAAACUACUGGAGGGAACCCGCUUCUUUGACUGGAUGGCGGAAAAGAUCGACUUGGUGCUGUCCGAAGUCGAUGCACGUUACGGUCGAGAGUCUGCUCCCUUGUCUAUGGGCUUAUCAUGGUCAUUCCCGGUGGAACAGACGUCCAUCAACAGUGGCUUGGUUAUUCAAAUGGGCAAAGGCUUCCUGUGUUCGGAUGGUACGGAGGGACAGGAGCUGGGAGAGUUAAUUGUCCAGUCAUGCCGUAAACGUAAUCUCAACCUCCAAAUGGGUGCCAUUGUGAACGACAGUUCUGCCACUCUUCUUUCCCGGGCCUACGUAGACCCGAAGACUCGCAUGUCCCUGAUCCUGGGAACUGGAACGAAUAUGGCAAUCCAUUUCCCCGUGCAUGCGAUCGGAUUAACCAAGUUCGGCACCAGACCCGCAGGCUGGUUUGACUACGCCAAGCACGUCAUCAUCAAUAGCGAGCUGAGCAUGUUUGGUGGCCAAGUCUUGCCGAUGACCCCAUGGGACAAGGUGAUCAACAGUACGCAUCUUCGGCCGGACUACCAGCCACUGGAAUACAUGAUCACAGGGCGCUAUCUGGGCGAAAUUAUCCGAUUGAUCAUCGUCGACGCCGUGAACGCCGCACAGUUGUUUGGAGGCGAACUCCCUCAUUCGAUGCGCGAUGCCUAUUCGUUCGAUACGAGCAUUGUCGCUGCCAUCGAGGCAGAUACAUCCGCGUCGUUUUCGUCCUCUGCGGCCCUACUUCAAAAGGAGCAUACAUUCCUCCGUGCCCCGUCCGUGAGCGAUCUCAAGUUCUUACGUCGCGUCUGUGAGACCGUUUCAAACCGGGCCGCAGGUUACCUGGCAACGGCUAUCCAUAGCAUGUGGUGUUUGCGUAACGAAGCCGAGUUCUCCGUGGUUACUGCCUCAGCGACAUCGAUCAAGGAGACGCAAGAGGUAACUGUGGUCGAGAGCGAACACCCUCAGAGUCUGACCAUUGCAUGCGAUGGUAGCGUCAUUAACAAGUAUCCCGGCUUCAAAGAUCGCUGCCAGGGCUACAUCAACCAGCUUCUGGAGGAGACCAAUGCUUCCAAAGGCAGUUUGGAUGGCGCUACAAGCCCUUCCGUCCGCCUCGAUCCCGCCCCUGAGAGUGCGAUUCUGGGUGCCGCGGUUGCGGUUGCGGUUGCGGUGACCGAAAAGCCCUCCAUGUCGAAGUAAAUCGGUCGGGAAGAUACAGGCUCACAUCUCGGCCUCUCUUCACAUGUUUGUCUCUGAGAAACACGAUACCACGGUCAUCUCUUAGUCUUGUUUUUGCGCUGUCGAUUAUCAAUGGCGUUCGUCUUGCAUUACCCGGUGUUUUGGUUCGUCUCAUAUCACAUUGUUUGCGUCAUGUUUUAUCUGAAUAUUGGUUGGCUUCGGGGGUCCGGACAUGUGUGCAUUUCUUUGCUUUUCGUCUUGUCACACGGCGUGGUCGAUGCAUUGUAUGCUUAUGGAUUCGCUACUUGCAUAUACGUUUGGCUUGAAGAUUCAGGAGUCGAGCGUGAACCUUAGGCGAACGGAAUAGAUGGUUAAGCCGGUGGUCGAAAAUAGAAACAUUGGUGUACAUAAUCAUAAUCAUAAAUCCAGGGCAUCCAUAUUUCUCGGGCCUGCUCUCGACCGUAACGCGAUCACCCGACAUGU